AGGAAAGGCGAAAAUUGGCCUUCCAAAACAUUGGAACGUCAGUAAAAGAAUACCGCAGCAACUUGGGCAUCUUGCGCUCCCUCCCUUCUCUCUCCCAGAGUCCUUUGCACCCAUAACGUGACGUCAGAGCAGCUCUGACAGCGCACCGGGGCUGCUGAUGUGAGUGUCUCUCUGCUUGGCCAUCCGCACCUGGAUCUGGAUUUAAAAGCCCGGCAGCAUGGGGGCACCUGAACACUGGAGCUGCGACCUCAGUCUCCUCCUUUCCCUCAUAGUGAUUGUAUCUGCGGUGUCUGCAGCGGAUCCCUUUGACUCCCAAUUGGGGGACAUAACAUCCUGCAGCAAGCAGUGUCAGCUCAUCUUCCUGCAGCAGAGCUCAGCCCAAGAUGCCGUCAUUUCUGCCUGUUCUAGAGGCUGCCGGCUGUUCUCCAUCUGUCGCUUUGUGGAUGUCACUGCUGAACUCAACACUACAAGAGCUGAAUGCGAGUCAGCUUGCAUUGAAGCCUAUGCCAAAGCCGAUGAACAAUACGGAUGUAUCACUGGCUGCAGAAAACAGCUGCCUGAAGCCGAAAACCAGAAAGAAAAGAUGGCGGAUCUCAGGCUUCCUUCAUAUUUGUCUGUGUUUGACCUCAUAUCUGGCUUCUGCAGUGACAUUGUCAGCUCAGCCCAGAGUUUUAUUUCCUCUACUUGGACCUUCUACCUUCAAGCAGAUGAUGGAAAGGUGGUUGUUUUCCAGUCUCAGCCAGAGAUUGAGUUUCCAGCUUUAGAGCUGCAAGCUCCACGAUCAGAUGUCACAGAGAAAGCAUGGACUCCAUCCAAAAUCAAGCCGCAUUCAGGCCUACGAGACAGGACAGAGAAACCCCAAAGAAAGGAGUCCAAGGUGAAACAUAAAUUGCCUCAUAUGGAGACCCCACAAUCAGAGCAUGAUUUCUUAGGCUGCAUGUCCAAGCGCUCAGGGUUGCCACGCUGGAUCUUGGCUGCUUGCCUCUUUCUGUCUAUCAUUGUGAUGUUGUGGCUCAGCUGUGCAAGUCUGGUGACUGCUCCUGAUCAGCACAUAAAGGCACAGCCCCUGAGUAUAAAUGGAGACAAGGAGUACCUUGAAGAUAUUGAGAAACCCACUCCUUUUCCUCUACAGCCUGUUGUUUCUGUUACUAUUUGCCCUACAGAAGAAAGCGAGGAGGCAGGACCUCUCCCUGUCAAAGUCGACAUGGACAAAACUAUCAUCUAAGACGGUCUUUGAUAAAUCUGUAAUGCUAUAAGGGGGUUGUGUGCACCACAAUAAGUUGUAGUCUCCUGUAGCAUUAGAGUGGGUAAUUGUCUUGUUUUACUGGUCUCUUUUGCUUCCUUUUGUUGCAAAGCAUCAAGAUUGUUUAUCAGCAACAGAAAAACACCACAAAUGGUCUAAUUCUUGUGGUAUUUUUAUUAGAAAAGUGAAAGGCUUCAGUUAUUGUGCUGGUUGCUCAUAUUGACUUGAUUUUUUGAUCACUUGGGCCCAUGGAGCCAAUAAAUCAUAAGCGCUACAGUAGCCUCUCCUAGAGCCCAAGUGAAAUGUGCUACGACUGUUUCUGUAGGUGUAAUCUUCUCUUAAGGCAAUGCUCUACUGUAUCUUCUUCAUGGGAAAGAAGACUUUAACUACAAGAGGCACUUGAUUUUGUAUAAUGUAAUCUACAAGCUACAGCUAUAAAGCAUGUCCAUGUUGAUCCAUUCCGAAUUAUCACAGGCUUUGAACUAAUCUAUAAGUGUGUAUGAAUUCCCUCCCCCCCGUGCUGAGUGCUUCUAUAAAUACCUUCGGACAUCAGGAAUUAUAUUACAGUUAAUGUCUUUGGUGAAAAUUCUUAGGUAUUAAUUUUGUUUGUAAAAUAUUAUUCAGCAAAAACGUAUGCUUUAUAGAUAGUGUUGGGUCUUUGAAGUAAAGGAAUGUGAACAAGCUCUUAUUUAUACUGUGUAGUCAGAAAGGUUGCUUAAUUUUCUACUUCUUGAACCAUAGCCCAAGUGUUGUCUGUUAUUAAAAGACUGACUGCGAAAUUGGAGGCUAAUACAUAAUGUAUCACGUUAAUGAAAAAUUGGCCAGCUUUCCUCCAUCCUUGUAGGCUUAUUCAAGUGAACAUCUAAUUCUCUUAGAGAUGUUCUGAAAUAAAGGGCAUGAUGUUCAAAAGUGGAGUUGGAGUAAAUAUAUUGCUAAGUGACAACUUCCAUAGUAAACAAUGUCCAGGAUAAUUCUACGUUUACUAGACAAAUGCUGCUCAAAUGACAGGAUACAUGAUUUCACAGUAGUGAUUAUAAAAAUGAUACAUAUAUCCCUGACACACAUUUCCCCAUUUCAGUGUAUUGAAGAAGUAUAUCAUAAUGCCCUCUCAAAAUACACUGGUUUAGACAUAUUUACCAGCAUCAACAUUGUUUUAACCCUUUGCUAUUAGCGUUAUCCUGGUGUAAGAUUGAUUCAGGACAUGCGUGUUGCUAGGCAAUGUACAUUUCCAUUAGCAAAACCAACCCAAAAACAUAGAUUCGUUGUUGGUGGUUACCCACUUACCAUAUACUGUCAAAUCUUUAUUGUCAACAAGGAAAGGGUAUAACAAAAUUCUUAAGAUCCUACGCUUAAAGACAAUCUCGUUGAAGGGACACUCAUGGAAAAAUGUUUGUAUAUAGGAAGUCUAUUUGUACAGUUUUCUUUGUGAACAUUUGUCUUUAAUACAUAUAAUGUGAACGAAAACUUCAUUAAAGAAGGACCUUAUCCAUCAGAGAACUCCCCAUAAUUCAUUGACCAUUGCAAAAUCAUCCAGAUUCCAGCACUCCACACCUAAAAGUUCUCUCCCACAAAAGCAAAGUACUGUCAUCGGGUUUGCAUUUUUUCCUGUUUUCCUUUCCAUGUCUGAGCUGUGGUUGGCAAUCAACACAUAACCGACACAAAAGGCUUUGUCUGUCACUUCCAACAUCACCUUUAAACUCCGAGCAUUCACCAUGCAAGGUGUCAGUGUGGCGCAUGAUAUGCCAAGGGUUAGUAUGCACAACUACUUAUAUAGAAUAAGGUGUGGGCAAGAAUGUCAGCAGAAAGAUGAAAAAAUGAAAUAUGACAAGCAGUGAUUCUAAAGCAUGCAUACAACACAUUAUGGAUAGAGGCAGUGUAAGAUGUCCUUGAAUAAAGCUAAAUGUUUCAAUAGUGUGCUGUGGUUUUUACAUUAUCUUUAAUUGCAUCUACGUAUAAUUUUGCCAGAGCCCAAUUAUAAUUUCACAUUAAAUUUUACAUUCUCAUAGCUGUUGGGGUACACACUGUCAGAACAGAGUAGCCAAAGCACUUAGUCUACACUGUGCUUCUACAGUAUAUCACAUCAAUUUGUUUUAUUCAAGCCAUAUACUGUAGCUGCCAUAAGUACUGCUCUGAGCUACUUAAAUGAAAUAUGCAAUUAUUUGCAUUCUAGAAAUGGUUGGAGCUCCUUGAUGGAAAAGCACAGAAUGGUAUUAUGGCAGCACAGGAGCUGACACAGCUUAAACUUAUGUGGAAUGGAAUAAGAAGUAGGUGUUUUUCAAACCAUUAAUAAGAGAAUGUACAUAUGUAUGAAGCAUGGCAAACAAAAGAUAAUGAACCCAGUGCUAUAGAUUAUAUAUAUAUAACAAUCUCAUGAAAAAUUGUUAGAGCCAUUGACAUUUGGACAUAUAUUUUUAUUACCCACCAUGUGGCAUAUUAUUUUGAAUGCAACAUCUAUAUUGUAUAUACAUUGAAGAAUAUAUUCCACUAUAGCAUUUUUAAAGCAGGCUACAUAUUCCAUAAAAUGUGACCAAACUGAUUGGUGUAGGACAGCGUUCCCCAACCAGUGGUUCUUAAGCAACAUGUUGCUCACCUACCCAAUGGAUGUUGCUCCCAGUGGCCUCAAAGCAGGUGCUUAUUUUUGAAUUCCUGGCUUAGAGGCAAGUUUUGGUUGAUUAAAAAACAGGUUUACAGUCUGGUGCACCAAACUGAGCCAAGCAUUCUGAUUAAUUAUCCUGCAAUCCAAUCCAUUUUAAUAGUAUAUUUUGGUACCACGAUUUAAUCCCGCACAACUGGGCGAUUUUCUGGACUCUGAGUGCUGAGUUUUGAGGCAAGAAACACAUAAGUCCGGAAGCACCCACUGCACAUACCUCUACCACUAAGUGUGUUGAAAUAAAGCCGUUUUGCAACAAACAUAUGGUCCUCUUUGGAUGUCCGGAACAGCGCCCAGUUGUGUGGGAUUAAAUCAUGGUAUUAAAGUAUACCAGCUGGGAGUAGCCUAUGUCUCGCGAGGGCAGCGUCUGGCAGAGAGGACAACUGAAUGGGUGAGCACCGAUGCGGACGACAUCACAUUCUUUCUUCUUACAUUUUAAUAGUAUACUUUGGCCAUCUACACGUGGGACCAAUUUGCAGUGAUUAUUGGUCAUCUGCUGCUUCUCCUACCUAUUCUAAGUAAAUGUAAGCAUGCAUUGCUAUGUAACUCUGCCUUCAACAUUAUUCCAUGAGAAAAGAAAAAGAGCAUUAUGUUCAGCUUAGUACUUGUAUGUCUCAGCUGGGAUAGGGAGGAGAUCUUGGCAACUGUUAACUCUGAAUAAAACAAAGUGUAAGGAAAUGUAUGAUUGUAAAAUAGAUCUGCUUAUAUGUAUGCUGACUUUGCGAGUAAUAAAAACUGCUGUACAGUAGCUUCAAUUUACCAUAGUGUAUGACAUUUUUAAAAUAAACUGUGAUUUCUUGGCUCUUCA